AACCUCGCGCAUAACUUCAAAACCAAUACGUUUCUCAUCCUUUUUCCAACCGCAGUCAUUCUUAUUGAAGCAUUCCACUGCUAUCUAGGCUUUGCAUCUCUCCGUAUCACUGAACCCCAAUUAUUAUUUUAUUGAUUCCUAGCUAUGUUGAUCCGCUAAUUAAGCCUCUAACUGCGCUUGACUAAAGCGCAAUUCUUGAACCUGUACGAAUUAUGGACUGGGAUCGCAACCGAAGAUUCGACGAUCAUCGCGGUGGAGAGAGCUAUCGCCCUGGGAGUUCGAGAGGGUAUAGUCGUCGCAGUAGAUCGCCUCCACGAAUCCGCUCCCCUCGCCUUGUUGCAGAUACUUGGGUACCAUCAACUGGGCGAACUUACAACCGUGUCAGGAGCCGUUCUCCGCCUCCUUUUAGACGCCGCUCCUCGCGAAGUCCUCCCUUUUAUAGCAGAGAUAGCUUUGGCCCGUAUGUCAAGUCGUACUCCUCUUCUCGAAGAUUCUCGCCUCGCCGAGAAGGAAGGCCUCGAUCUCCUGCCCAGCUCUCUAGACGCCCUAGAUCCCCGUAUGGUGAGGAUCGUGACCGCGAUACUUCUUGGAGUCAGGGUACACCAAAGCGCCCAAGGGAUUCCCCACCCUUCAGUCGGGACGCUGGAAUUUUUAGAAAAGAGCGUCACCCUCCAUCUGCCGACCAACACGCGAGAUCUGGCUCACCCUCGAGACAUAUACUAUCAUCUGAAGAAGAUCAACGAACUUCAACCACACCGCGCCCUCGCAGCCCCUUCUACGGAGGACGCAGAGAACCUCAUUUAGAGCGAUUUUCUAGGCCGAGACGACGAUCGCCGUCUCCAAGAGGUCUCGCACCUAAGCGUACUUCUGCUCCUGGUUCCGUGUCCAAUUCGAGACGGUCAUCACCGCAUACGGAAAAGGCCGGCAUAGUAUCAGCCGAUCCCCGAGGCCGCUCGCCUGCUACUAACCACCUCCCGAGCCGUUGCCUUUCUAGAGACUCAGGCCCCCCCUCGAGCCAGGAUGAGCGUACCGCCAUCACUAGGCACAGGGUAGAUGAAUCCAAAGGAAAGAGUGGACCAUUUGCACCCGAGCAAGCAUCGGCGAGAAAUCACCCGGAUUUAGGGGAUUCUGGAUCAUUACGAGCCCCCGAUGUUCAAGGGAGACCUCAGAGCUAUCUCAAUCCUCCGUACAGCGGUAACAUUCCAAAUCAGCCAAAGGCAUUCUCUGUAAGCAAUUCACCGCUUCCGCCCGGUCCACCGCAUGGCCCCAAAACUCUCCCAGCUCAAAAUCGCGCCUCAAAUAUUUCCCUUCUUUCCGCACCGACUCGGCCCCGUGGAAGUUCGGGGUUUAAAGAGGCUGGGUGGGCUAGUUCUCCGAUCCGUCGCGGACCCGUGCCAGUUGGCACACAUGGAACACCAACUGGCCCGCGUAGUAGUCAUGCACCACCGGCCUCCAGUGCCGAAGCUCAUCGCCAUCAUUCCUAUCGGCAGAGCAGUGUGACGGGGACAACUUAUACCCACACUCAGAGAUAUGCUAAUCACCUUGCCGGCCUGCGUUCUAUUAUACCUGGAGGUAAGCUCCUUCCGUCUGAGAUUGAUACCAACACAGAAAAACGCCUAUCCCAACUCGACUCGGACAAGGGUCGGCUUUUUGAGCAAAUAACAGAAAGCCAAAAGCUAAAGAGGGCGGGCUUGAGGGAAUGGGAUAAAUUCGAUAGAGAAAGCUCUAUCUGUGCUUUAAAAAGUGAGCUGGCGGAGGGCCAUUUGCAGUGUAUAGCAGAUACCGAAGGCACUCAUGCGAGGGCAACAUUCUAGAAUGUAACUUACCAGCUGUCAUCGCGAUCAUGCCCCUGGCAUCUUCGUGCCAACGGCGAAUAUUUAUGGAGAUUGUGAUAAGGCUUGGGUGGAGUGACAAAUCACGAGCUUAUGAGGAUUGCACUGUACUAGAACCCGAAGUAUGUAUGUAAUAGCAUUGCUGAAUGAUUAUCCUUCCUCUACAUACUCGAGGUAAAGAGCUAAAGGCCAUUUAUUAAG